GCGGGCAGGGAUUGAACCUGGGACCAUGGAUAAAUCCAAAUGACAGUCCAGCGCGCAAACCUCACGACCAGGCAGCCAUCCAGAUCUAAUAUCUAUUAUUCUAUAUUCUGGCUCUGGAUUAGUUAUAGAUUAUGUUAUGGUUAGUGACGUUAGGUUAGCCUGGUUUAGGUCUAGACUAUGACUAGAGCUAGCUAGUAGACAGAAAAGACAAGAAUUAAGCAUCAUACUCAUAGUUUAUAAAUGCAGAUCAUCAUUCAUCAUUUGACUGAGAAUUCAAAGACAUUCAUAACUUAACUCAAUGAUGACAUUGUAAAUUUAGGACUAGGACUUAGACUUAGACUUAGACUUACUACUAAAGAUAGUAGCUCACUUAAAAAAAAAUUGUAUUUUUAUGUUUUGUUCUAUUGUUUUAUUAUUGUGGCAUUUUAUGUCUCAAGAGACUAGAUUAUCUCCCCUUGCAACUUCUCCAUUGCUGGGGGAAACCCUGGGCGGUCAUUGUUGGAUUAUUGAGGCUGAAAAUGGGGAGAAUCUAAUAUAUAUAUAUAAAUCUAUUAAUUUUAAUACUAAGGAAAAGAGAAAUUGUGUUUUGAUUGAUGGCAACCACCAUGGCAACUGCUGCUAAUUCUGAGCACUGUGGAGAUGAGGACAAUGAAGACUUUCAAGAUGCACUUGAUUCUGUGGCCCCUACAAGAAACCUGAAACUUCCCAAGCUUGACCUUGACACUACCAUCCUGGAGUCAGAUUUGGCUUUGAGUCUUUUCUUCAACAACAAGUUUGCACAAGCUAAAGAACGUAUGCAGCCAUGGGCAGACCAAAAUAUGUACCAUGCUACAGGAUAUGGUACAGUACUGUAUAUACAAGCAGUCAUGACUUUUGACAUGGCUGAUAUUGAGGUUGCCAUAGAAGCCAUCAAGUCUGCUGUUAUUGUAUGCAACAAGAACAGAAAGAAAUCAACUAUCAUGGGCUCUUUAACCAAGUUUGCCACCAAAGUGGAUUAUGAUAGCUAUACUGAAGAGGAAAUUCAUGCAGAGCUAUGUUAUGCCGAAUGCCUGUUGAUACGAGCCUUCCUUACCUUUAUACAAGAUGAGAAUUUGAUCAGCUUUAUAAAAGGUGGCCUCAAAAUAAGAGAAUGCUAUAAAAUAUACAGAGAGUGCCAUAAAAUAUCACUCAACAGAAAAGUUGCAACAGACAAACACAGAGUCCAUUUUGAGAGUGGUGUUUGUAUGGGUAUAGGAGCUUUCAACUUAAUGAUUUCACUGUUGCCUAGUAAGAUCAUGAAACUUUUGGAAUUUGUUGGAUUCUCUGGGAAAAAGAGUCUGGGUUUAUCUGAGCUCCAGAGAGGUUGUGAACUACGGGUUGGACUCAGGAGUAAAUUAUGUGCAAUAAUGCUAGUAGCAUAUCACUCACUUGUCACUUAUGUUCUGGGUUUGGCUGAGGGAGACAUUGAAUUGGCUACAGAACUUCUUAGACCAUGUUUAAAGGACCACCCAAAGGGGGCCAUCUUCCUGUUCUUCUCAGCCAGGCUAGAGGAGGUCAAAGGUCAUAUUGAUGAUGCCAUCAACAGGUUUGAAGAGUCCAUAGAGUCGCAAAGUGAGUGGCGACAGUUUCAUCACCUGUGUUACUGGGAACUUAUGUGGUGCCACUGUUUCAAAAGUGAUUGGCUGAUGGCCAUGAAGUAUGCAGAACGUUUGUCUAAAGAGAGUCGCUGGAGUAAAGCCACCUACACGUACCAGAAAGCUGCGUUUCUUGUCAUGUGUUCAGACCAGACGGAGGAGACAAAAAAACACACGGAUUAUCUUUUUAGUGAAGUUCCGAAGCUGAAACAAAGGAUUGCUGGCAAGUCUUUACCCUUUGAGAAGUUUGCAGUAGCUAAAUCUCAGCGCUACUUCCAACAAGGCGGCUACCUGAUCCUGCCAGCACUGGAACUGAUCUAUGUGUGGAAUGGAUUCAACAUUGUAGGCAAGAACCAGGAAUUGUUAGACAAAAUGCUACUAGUAGUGGAAGCCACUGUCACUGAGUUAGCCAGUAAGAGAGAACAAGCCAGUUCUGAUAAAUUCUAUCAUGACAACUACACCCUGGCCUUGUUGUUGAAAGGAGUUUGCCAGAGACACAGGGGGCUAUUACUUCAAGCUGAGCAAUGUUUCUUGGAGGUGAUCAGCAAUGAGAAGAAUCUUCACAGUGACCAUUACCUGGUGCCCUACAGUACAGUUGAGCUGGCUAUACUCUACCUUUACCAGGAGAAAUUUGAGGACUGCAGGAAACUGUUGGACAAAACUAAGAAAAACUACAAGAGCUAUUACCUGGAAAAUCGUCUUCUCUUUCGGCUUCAUGCUACACGGCUGCAGCUCAAGACUGCUAUGAACAGCAACAGUGAUUCUCACUCUUUGACGGAUGGUGCUGGGCAUGGGGAUAACUAUUCAAUGGAGGAAGAAGACUUUGCAGAUGCCAAAGAAGAAGCCAAGUGAGAAGAAAAGCCUAGUUAGUUACUUAUUGUUUCCCCCAAGCAAUAGUAUUAGAAGACUGCAGAGAAGGUUCAUUUUAAGGACAUAUACAGUUUUAAAUACAGUGCUUUCUCAUAGAAGGCCAUUGUUAACUUUCUCUUGUUACCUUUAUAAUUUACUUGGCUGAGGGUUUGUAUUUGUCAUAUUUAUUAUCUUAAUUAGGAAAUUCAAAAUAAAUGUCUCAUUUCAUUGUUCUUUGUAGUCUUUUCUUUUUAGACAUCUCCCUAAUUUAUUGACAAAGUGAAAAUGAUAAGCAAAAAAAAAACUCUAUAUUCUUUUUUUCAAAGUAUUACAAAUCUUUAUUUUUUCUCGUGGAACUAACAGACUUAUGAGGUGUGGAAGAAAUAUAAAUUUUUAAUCAAAAUUUAUUUAAUUAAUUUUCUUUUUCUCCAUUUUUUUAAAUUAUUUGUAUGACUGACCUUUGACCUCUCAGCACUAUGUAGUUUCAUUGUUAUUUUACAAUUAUUCUUUACAUUGAUGUAUUUUUAAGACAUAAAAAAAUGUAUAUCUUAAUAUGAAAGUAGACAUUCAGUGCUGAUUGUAUCCAAGUUGACGAAGCAACUUUUGAUUUUAUUUCAAUAUGUGUGAUCUGUUCUUGAAAUUAAAGUAUGUGAGAUUUCAGAGACUCCACCCCCCACCAGUGACGGAGAGUAACUUUUUGGCAUGUUAAAAACUGGGGAGACAUUGAAAUCUAGCAAAAUUUUGGUUUUGUGUUAUAAAUGUUUUAAUGUACCCAAUGGACUAAUGUUAAAGCUUAUUUGAACAGAUUUACAUAGCAGUUUUGAAAUGAAAACUCUUUAUAAACAAUUUACUGUAGCUUCUCAAUCAAAAUGAAUAGAAAUAUUUGGUUAUGUUUCCUUUACAACAUUGUAUUAGGGAGAGAAAAAAAAAGUGAAUUUUUAAUUGAUAACGCUUAAAGUCACAACAUUCUACAUGAGAGAAUCAAUCCAAGAGUUCUAAACCAGAGUGAAUGUUCUUGUAACUUUUCUUUUUUUUUUUUUUUUUUUUUUUUAAGUCUGCUAUUAAGUUCAUAAUAAUCUACCUGGAUGUUGAUGAAUCUGCUUUGCUAAAAUAGUCCAGAUAUAAUGAUAGCCUCUAGUUUACAAUGGGCAUUGUUUAUGGUGCAUAGCUUCAGCUACAUUGUUGAUUGUGUUUUUACAUACCGGUAAUGUGAAUAAGCCAAGAAAAACAAACAUUUCUAUCAUUGGCUUUGUAUUUUGUUAUCAGUCUUGAAUUCAUUUUAUUUAGUAUUUAGUAUUAUAUAUAUAUAUAAGUAUAUUAUAUUUUUUUGUAUAUUCUGUUAGUCCCUUUUGGCAAUGAAUAACUAUGAUUUUCUGGAGCAUACAUUUUCAAUUGUAACUAUUUAUUUGUAUAAAAUAGUCAGGAAUACACUAAACAGUCAGCAGGUGAAAUUCUCUUUCUCAAAAGAUCAGUUCCCCAUUUAUGUAGCAAUGUAUAUGAUAUGUAUAUUUCAACAUUGCAAAAAAAUUAAAUUAAGAGAUCUGCUAAUGGAUGAAAAUAACUAUAUAGAGUUUAUUUAUUCAACACUAACCUCCUCUUUUUUUAAAACCUUUCAUAGGACAGAUAAAGAGGCUAUUCAAUUUUUUAGGGGUUUUUUUUUAAGUAAAGAAGGAAGAGUAUGUGUGAACAGAGGGUUCUGGGUUUGAAUUUAAGCAAAUCUGUUGAGUGUGUUGGAUAGGCAUGUAAGGUAAGCUAAGUUUUAGAGCCAUUAGCUGUGGAUUUAAUGGUGUAGGGGGUUCAAAUACUAUUGGAGCCUAGUUGUUUGAAAUUGAGAAUAGAAUAUGAAUCCAGUUAUUUAGUUUGAUUCUUUGUAUGUUCUUGAGUAUUGCUUUUUUUUUAUAUCUGUUUAAAUUGUAGAAGUCAUUGUGAUGGCUACAUUUCACCCUGGUCUCAAGUGAAAACUUCACAUUGAAACAUGCCAAUGAGUGGCAGAAGUUCUAUAACAUUGAUAAUCUGCUACAGUUAUAGGUCCUAAAUUUUACCUAGUAUGUACUUAACAUUUAUUUAUUUAUGUUUUUUAACAUUAAAAAUCACAGUGAAAUUGAAAUUGGGGACCACAGAGUGAAGAAAACAUUAAAAGAUGUUAUAAUAUUUCUCUGCAUCUAUAUUGUGAUGAACUGAAAGUUGCUAUCUUUUGAGCUCACGUUUGUUUUGUUGUUGUUGUUUUUUAAUCUCAUUCUUGUUAGAAUUUUUUCAUAAGUGACCUUAAAUAGAAGUUUAGUUACCACCAUUCACAGGCAUUUUUUUUUUAUUUAUAGAUAAAUAGAAAUAACUUUUACAAAGCUUAUAUCAACUCACUCUGUCUAUCUGGUUUGUUCACACCCUAUCAUGGAUCAAGCGGAAAUUUAUUUCUUUUACCUGACACAACACAAGAAUCAAUAACAAAAAAAUUAGCCAAUUAAUUGACAAUCAGUAAUUAAUUAUUUUGUUUGGUAUCUCUAAUACAUUGUAUUUGACUGAGGUGGUGGUAUAAGCUGAAUUAGUCCCCUCCAUAGGUUGCCACUUUAAAGUAAGUUUAAAUUAAACUUUAGAUCACUAUACAAUCAUCUAUUUUUAUACACACCUCACUAGCAGAGCUCUUAAAAUGUAGGCUUGAGUCAUGAGUUUGAAUUUUUUUUUUUAAUAAAUGCUUUUAAAAAACAAUUAUGGUAAAAAAAACAACACCCAGAUAUCCCUAUCAUUCCUCCCCCCCCCCCCCUCCCAUUUUCCCCACUGGUCCAGAUAAGUGAUAGGAUCUUAAAAGUAUUGAGAAAGCUAAGUGUAUGAAAUAGUGUUAAACAAAAACAUUGGUAAAAAUAUGUGUAAUCACACCGAUGUUGUUUGUCUAGAUCUAUUACAAACUUAAUGACAUGACUGAUCCAAACUUAUUGAUACAACAAUCUUCGUAUAUUUUUUUUAAAAAAGAAUUUUUUAUGUUUUUCUUGUUAAUCCUCUAUGCACUGUCAUGUUGGUUUGACCUGUACUGGUCAAUACACUCUACCACUCCCCCCCACACCCUUGUGUGCCAUUCCUACUAGAGGAAGGACACUCACUUGAGCCAAACCACUCGAUUAGAUAUCUGCUCACAGGUGUGAUUAUAGUCCAAUCCCUUAAAAAUAGUCCCAGUUUUGACAGUAAAAACAUCCUUGAAAAAUAUGAUAAAUAUUUAUGUUGAAAUGUAUGUAAAUGUUAAACACUCACAGUCUGUUGCAUUAAGUUACUAUUUCCUCCCAUUUCAUUUUAAAAGGCUGUCAUGCUCGAGAUAUUGAAUAGAAUGUUCAACAUGGCUUCUAUUACUAAGUUUUUAUUGAAAUGUUACUUUUAUUAAGGGUCCUAUUAAAUAAUCAGCUAACCAGAUCUUUAACCAAUGGGACUUUGAACAAAUUAGCAAAAAUAAACACACAUCAAAUGUUCCUGGGGUUUCUGAUUGCAUUAUUAAAUCACAUUGAAAAAAAAAGUUUUUGUCUCUAACAAUGGUAAGCUGCCUAUUUCUUUUACUCUUCAUUCAAGCAAGUCACGUUUUAUCUUUUUCUAAGAUCCCACUUUGGUGUUUUAGUCUUGCAUACUCUACGUACUAGAAACUUUAUCCCACCAGUGUGUCUAGUUACUUGAAUUAUUGUUAGAAUUUUUGUUUUUAUAUUUAGUAGAAGGCUUUUGAUUUUUAAAGAUUUUUAUUGUUUUACUCCAUUUCUGCCAGUGAUUUCAGUUCAAUCUGGAAUAAAUUUCAUGAACAAAUAUUUUUUCAUAUUCUUUUUAAAUUGAAGAAGUUUCAAUUUAACUAAAUGAAUUCUACUAUCAAAUUGUCAUUGGUAUAUCAUUCUCUCCGAUUUCUAAAAUAUAAUCUACCAAAAAAGAAGAAAAAAAGAUAAAAUAGUUUAAAAUUGUAAAUGUGUUAUGUAUGUCAGUGAUGUAUUCUCUGGCUAAGAUUGUGAUAAUAACAUGAAUUAUUUAUUUGAAAUGUGUGUGUGUUUUAUAUAAUAAUAUUUCUGUUUGUUCAUCUGUUUGUUCAUCUAUACAUUUUGUGUUGGUUUCUAUUUCAACAUUUUGUGUAGUUCCUAGAACCAAUGAUGUGAUACAGUACAAUUUUUUGUGUGUUCUUACAUUGUACAAAUCAUCUAUCUUAUCCCUGAUGAUUUUAUUUUACUUGGUUUUGUUCUAUUGCCUGCUCAAAGAAAUAUUGGAUGAUGGCUUACAGUACUGAUGCAGGGACAUAAUCAAAUGUAUUAUUUUUGUCCCCCCCUUGAAUAAGUUUCAAUAAGUUUGAACUUGAGUAAAAAUAAAUCUAAAAUUUAAAUAUUUCUGUCCAUCUUUUAAAAUUAUUUUUGAAUUCUGGAUUGCUUGUCUUGGCUGCACACAUUUCUAUUGGGUGCCAGAAGAAGGUACAGAUGUCAGAUUGGUUUAACACAACACCUUGUAAAACAUUGACACAAAAUCAGUGGAGUUAAGCCUCCUUGGCUCCAUGGGGAAACUUAGGCAUUAUUUUGAUAGCUUACAGUAUUGCUGUGUCAGCAAUCAUCACAUAUCUAUAUAUAUUUAUUCAUUAUUGUUAAUACGGUAUAUUACAUAUUGAAAUGUAUUUUAAAUUUAUAAGUGAAGUGAUUAAGCUGUUCAAAAGUCUCUAAUUUUUUUUACAAAUGCUUUUAGAGCAAUAAUAUCAUGAAAUAAUGUGUUAUUUUAAUGGAACUUUUACUACAAGCUUAUUUAUUUGUAGUUCUAAAUAUUGAAGAGUUUACAUUCAUUCACUUUAUUGAAAUACUGAAGCUCAAUUCAGUUUCUAUUUAAAGUGGGAACUCUUAUCUUGUUAGUAGAGCCUUUCAGUCUGUACAUCUAUUCCUCACUAAAACUUGAACCUUGUUUUUAGGUAUUUAUUCUUUGUUGUUGUUGUUUUUUAAUAAACAUCACACAUUUUUGAAUAUUUUUUCUUUUCUA